ACUGUUUUUGUGAAACACCGGGGCGGUCUUUUUGAUUUCUGCUGCGAAGAAAGCCAUGUUUAUGUCUUCUAUGAAAAUGUUUAGUAAAUUACUUUCCGCUUUUGUUCUUUGAUUAACUUGUUAAUAUAAACAAACAUGAGAUUUAUUUUCGAGCUUUAUUUAUUGUCAAUAUCAAACUAGAAAUGUAAUUUGGGGCAGUAACACUGCCAGAAUGAGCUCCUCUGGUCCACCGAAAAGGAAAUGCUAUAUGGGACAGCAUCAGGUCAUCAAGAAAAAAAGUAUUGUGGUACCUGUGGAGCCACUGACACCAAGACGAUCCAGACGCCUACUGGAGACACAUGCACUGGGAGAUAAAUUACAUGGAGCCAAACACAAAACACACGGCAUGGCUGUCGGGCAGUCGUUUGCAGUGGGUGAGUCGUCACUGGCUCUGGAUGAGGAAAUGCUUCAGGUGUUGGAUGCCUUAGAACCCUCUGUAGAGAGAGGUGAACAGGGAAGACCAGCCCCACCAGUGGUAAGCUUUCAUCCACCUCCGCUACCAGAGAAUAAGGAGAUUAACCAGAGGAUGGGACUUGGAGACCAAGCACCUCUUCAGCCCACUGGACCAGGACCAGGGUCUCACAGACCCCACAGCCCAGCAGCACUCCCAGGGGCUGGGGAGAGUGUGUGUGAGGGACUUGGGGGGAGGUGGAGAGCAGACUGUAAAGGCCUGGCCCAGCGACUUCUCUUCAGUGAGGACACCGAAGAGUCAGACCAAUCAGAGAAGGGCUGUCUCAAGCCAAUGACAACUAACUGCAAGGAUGGCUUGCCCCUUCCUACCAAAAAGAACAAUCAGAAAUCCAGCCGUUCCAAAGGGGUUAAGCACAGGUCCAGGAGUUCCCCUCUGAGCACGGAGAAAGGAGACGGGCCAAGUGUACAUGCCGACUCCCCAUUGGACAACUCUGGUAACUACAUCCUGUUCAGCCCCACCCACCUGGCCGCGGCGAGGGAGAGGGCAGAACUGCAGCGCUCGCUGAGGAACCAGUCCGUCUCCGUGCUUACGCCCCCUACAGGCCUGGAGGCCAACUCCCUCAACGACACAGUGCCCCAGCCAGGUCAGAAUGCGGCUAUAUGCGCCCCAGGGGAGCAGGCUGACAGGCUGCAGCUGUCCAGCUGGGGUCUACCCCGGCCUGUCCUGGAGCGCUACCACAGACACAGGCUCACCCACAUGUUUGACUGGCAGGCUCAGUGCCUCAUGGUGGGACAGGUGCUGCAGGGACGCAACCUGGUGUACUCUGCUCCCACCAGUGCUGGGAAGACCCUGGUGGCGGAGCUGCUGAUGUUGAAGCGUGUGCUGGAGACCAGGAGGAAGGCCCUCUUCAUCCUGCCCUUUGUCUCCGUGGCCAAGGAGAAGAUGCACUACCUGCAGAGUGUGUUUGAGGAGGCAGGGGUGCGCGUGGAGGGGUACAUGGGGAGCACCUCUGCUGCGGGCGGCUUCACGUCACUGGAUGUGGCCGUGUGCACCAUAGAGAAGGCCAACUCUCUCGUCAACAGACUCAUAGAGGAAGACAGCCUGGAUCUACUGGGUAUGGUGGUGGUGGAUGAGCUCCACAUGGUUGGAGACUCUGGGAGAGGAUACCUCCUGGAAUUGCUGCUCACCAAGAUCCGCUACAUCGCCCAGAAGCAAAACGCAUCGGGGUCUCUGUCUGAGGGGAUCCAGAUUGUGGGUAUGAGUGCAACCCUGCCUAACCUGGAGCUCCUGGCUGGCUGGCUGGACGCGGAGCUCUACCAGACAGACUACAGGCCCGUGCCCCUGCAGGAGUGGCUCAAGGUGGGCAGCAACAUCUACGACAGCAGCCUCUCUCUGGUCCGCUCGUUCGCACCCGCGCUGGCGGUCAAGGGGGAUGAUGACCACAUAGUGAGUCUGUGCUAUGAGACUGUUAGAGAGGGGCACUCCGUCCUGCUGUUCUGCCCUUCCAAGAUCUGGUGUGAGAAGCUGUCGGACGGCAUCGCCAGAGAGUUCUACAACCUGAAACGCACAGAGGGGCAGGGAGAUGGUGACCUCCAGGCCGUGUGUCUGGACCAGGGAGGACUGGCGGAUGUGUUAGCCCAGCUGAGGCGCACCCCGGCUGGGCUAGACCCCAUGCUGCAGCGCACUGUUCCCUGGGGGGUGGCCUUCCACCAUGCCGGCUUGACGUUCGACGAGCGAGACGUGUUGGAGGGGGCGUUCCGCCAGGGACUGGUCAGGGUGCUGGCCGCCACCUCUACCCUCUCCUCGGGGGUCAACCUCCCGGCCCGCAGGGUCAUCAUACGAACGCCCACCUUCAACGGACGCCUGCUGGACCCGCUCACCUACAAGCAGAUGGCCGGCCGGGCGGGGAGAAAGGGAGUGGACACCAUGGGGGAGAGCGUGCUGGUGUGUAAGGAGGCGGAGCGUCAGAAGGGUGUCAGCCUCCUCCAGGGCUCCCUUCAGCCAAUCAGCAGCUGUCUGGUGAAGAGGGAGGGGGAGGGCGUGACCACCAGCAUGCUCCGAGCCAUCCUGGAGAUUAUUGUCGGAGGCGUGGCCAGCACUCCACAGGAUGUGAGGUUGUAUGCUUCCUGUACUCUGCUAGCUGCUAGCCUGCAGCCUGGCCAGAGACCAGAAGGGGGCGCCGUGGGGAGGAAGGCCAAGAAGGGAGGCCGGGGACGGGGGCCGGAGGCUAACGAGGGGGCGAUCGAGGCCUGCGUGGACUGGCUGAUGGAGAACGAGUUCAUCAACAUCCAAAAAGAAGGAGAAGAGGAGCGGUACUGCCCCACCCUCCUGGGCGCGGCCACCCUCUCCUCCUCCCUCUCUCCCCCCGAGGCUCUUGGGAUAUUUGCCGACCUCCAGCGGGCCAUGAAGGGCUUUGUACUGGAGAACGACCUUCAUAUCCUCUACCAGAUCACUCCAGUGUACGCUGAGUGGACCACCAUCGACUGGUACCAGUUCUUCUGCCUGUGGGAGCAGCUGCCCUCGUCCAUGAAGCGCGUGGCCGAGCUGGUCGGCGUCCAGGAGGGCUUCCUCGCUCGCUCCGUCAGCGGCAAGCUCGUCGCCAAGACGGAGAGGCAGCACAGGCAGAUGGCUGUGCACAAACGGUUCUUCACCACUCUGGUCCUACAGGACCUAGUCAAUGAGGAACCGCUGGGUGCCGUGGCAACGAAAUACAACUGCAACCGUGGGCAGCUGCAGUCCCUUCAGCAGUCAGCAUCUACCUAUGCUGGCAUGGUGACGGUGUUCUGUAAGCGCCUGGGCUGGCACACCCUGGAGCUGCUGCUGUCCCAGUACCAGACCCGGCUGAGCUUCGGGGUGCAGCGGGAGCUGGUGGACCUGGUCAGGGUGUCCCUGCUGAACGCGGCGCGGGCCCGCACGCUCUACGACCAGGGCCUCUGCACCGUGGCCCAGCUGGCCCGCGCCACGCUCACGGAGGUGGAGAAAGCUCUGAGGAAGGCCGUGCCCUUUAAGAGCUCGAAACGGGCCGUGGACGAGAGCGAGAUGGAGGCGGCCGAGAGGCGGAGCCUUCGCUGCGUUUGGGUCAGCGGUGGGCGGGCCCUGACGGAGCGGGAAGCAGCCAAUGAGAUUGUGUCGGAGGCUAGGCUCCUCCUCCAGCAAGACCUGGCCGAUUUAGGAGUGGAGUGGGACCCCGGGACCCUCCCCCCAGAGGCGGGCCUCGACAGCGAUCCUGACGAAGACUCUCACAGCUCGCCCGAAACGCAACAAAACCACAGCAAACCUCAGAGGGAGGACGCGAAGAAGGAGGAGAAGAGAGAGGGAGACAGGAGGGGGAGAGGAGAAAUGAGGAGGCGGGAUGGAAAAACUGAGGUGGAAGUGGGAGAGAGGGAAGGAGCGAACCGGCCAGAAAAGACAGAGGCAAACAGGAAGGGGGGAGAGACGAAAAUGAACGAGGGGGGAGGAGCUGGUGGGGAAAAGACGAAGGGAGAAGAUGCAGGACGGAGGGACGGACAGAAGUUAAGGGCUGAGGAAAGAGAGGAGGAUCAGGAACAGCCGAGAAGUACCACAGGAAGUUCAGGGCGAGAAAUGGGGACGGAAAAAAAGGUAGGACCAACACAGAGACGUGUAGAAAUGAAAGUGUCAGAGCAAGCGGAGGAGGUUGAAAGCGCCCUGUCCACCUCUGCGCUUCCGGAAGGACCCAUCGCCAUCCCCACCCGUCCUGAGAGGAGUCUCACACAGGAGUUAGCUGAGUUGGUCUUCAGCCCCCUUCCCCCACCCCAGCCCUCUCCCAUGCCCCCUCCUCGCUUCAGAGCCCCCAUCUCCCGCGUGGAGGAACCUCCAGCAGUAGGCUGCGUUUCCUCUGGGACACUAGAGAGGACAGGACCAGCUCAGACAGCUACAUCACCCAUGCAGACAGGGAAAGGGCACCAGUCUAGAGCUCUGAGGAAAGUGCUCCAUUUCAUCCAUUCAGAGGCAGGGCAAGAGAGGGGAGAGACGGACCCCGUCCGAACCACAUCUCCACUCCCUUUGAUUCCCAAACACGCACCCCCAACCCCGGCCACGCACCUCCUUCCAGCUCCAGCUUCUCCCCCCUUACUCGACCCCGUCCUCCCUCAGAGGGCGGCACCCUCCCCGGCCUCGCCCCCCCAGCCCCUCUCACCGGCUCAGCCUCCAGCCCCGCCUCUCUCCACUGUGGCCACGCGCAGGAGGCUCGAGGACGAGGGGACGGACGACUUCUCGUCCCCGGAGCUGUACGUCAGAGAGGAGAGGAGGAGGGAGGAGGAGGAGAAGGAGGAGGCCCAGGAAGGAGAGGGCUUCGGGGACAGCUUUGAGCUGGACACCCAGACAGAGCUAAUGAUCCAGCAGCAGGAGAAUCCACAGAGAGAAGUGAAAGCGGGCGACGGAGGGAUAGAGCGGAGGGAGGGAGCGCUGGGGAGCGCAGCGGAGGAGGAGGGAGAGGAAGAGAGGCGUGUUUUAGAGAGGGAGACGCGUUGGCCUGCGUCGGGGAAGACGGGGAGAGGAGGAGGUUACGGCGACGAGAGUGCAGGUGAAAAGGAAGCCCUGCGUGGGUCUCCGAGCAACGGUGUCCACAGCGACCGUGACAGGGAGGUACUUGGUGGCUCCGUCACCAUCGGCAACGGACAACCCAAACUUGGCAUCUCUUUAACUGACAGUCAGAUGGAAAACUUCCUCAACUACAGUCAAGAGGUCUUAGCAGAUGGAGAUGGUGGUGUUUAUGAAGAUGACAAAGAGGAUGAACUUUUUGGUAGAGGUGAUCUGUCUCGUGUCUCAGUGUCAGAUCACGUCACGUCUAACAGUCUGAACGGCAGCAGUAGCUUCCUGUUUGACAGCCUAUACGAUAGCUCCCUUUUGGCUGCCCUGAGCCCGGAAGAGGAAUCUAACCAAUCAGAGAAGGAGGAAGUGCAGGGGGAGGGACCAGCUGCCACAGAGGCCGCAAGCCGCCACAAGCUCCCCUCCACACAAGAGAAAAGACGAAGUGGGCUCCUGACAAAUCAGGAGGCAGAAGAGCAGGAGGCUAUCCAAUGGGGAGAGUCGUCCUUCAACCUAUCAGAGUGGGGCGACUCGUUGUUGGUGGGUGAACAUUUCCUGGAAAGGCGGAGCCUCCUGAGACACACAGAGAGAACCCAGCAGGAAAAUAAUCCCAACCGUGGUCAAACAGAACAUCCCGAACCAACGGACCAACAAAUACCAGAACCACAACACGGUCAGGAUACUGCUCAAACUCGCCCUACAGAAGCACAACCGCACCACGGUCAGACAGACCCACUCAAACCCGACCAGUGCACGUUUCAGACAGACCGACCACAACCGCAACACAACCCCAGUCAGACGAACGAACAACACAACACUGAAGACCCAAGCCCCAGCGGACCAACCUUGAGCCGAGAGGUUGGCGUCGAGGAAGAGAGGGAGAAGAGGAGAGACGAGGGGAGAGAACGGGAGAGAGCGGACAGAGAGGCAGGGGCCCCGCCCGACCCAUCGGUGUUUAAACACCCGGCACUGCCGAGUCAGCCGACUGACACCUGUCCUCAGUGCAGCCCCGGACUCCAGGACAUCUUCGACCGUUGGCCGAGCAUGUCCGACCAGCUGUCACCACACACCCUCCUGGUGGGGUCGACACGCACGCACACGGACGCGCAGCCUGCUAGUGAGGGAGAGCGAGCGUUCUCAGAGAGGCAGGUUGUUAGUGGAGAGACCAGAGCGAGCAGCAGUCACAGAGAUACAAGAGGGAGACUGGAGGAGAGACCUGGUUCUGGUGACCUCAUCCCCCCCACACCAGAAACUAACCCCGUCACCCCCAGAGUCAAACGAACCACCUCCUCGGUCCAGUCACCUCUUACCACACGGCCCCUCAACCAAUCCACUCCCACUACCGCCCGCCCUGACCAACCAGGAGUCCCUGAAUGUCCCCAGUCCCGCCCACGGCCCAGAAUUGACCCGAUCAGCAGUAAGCGACACAGACCUCUGCCAGUCGAGGCUGUAUCAGACACUGAACAGCAAGAGUCUACCUCGCACACCCCAAACCCCGACACGCACUUUGGCACUGAGACAAAGGCCCCAGGAGAGCGUACACACUCAACGUUAGACCCCACAUCUGUCCCCCAUCCCAAAACCCAGCCACGCCCUCGCAUGGACCCCAGACCUCCCCCGGCUCCGGCCCAAACCCCAGCCCCCGCCCCCUCACUUCCGCCCCCAGCCGAGGCUCCUUCCCCCCUGGACUCGUCUCUCACCGACGAGGGCUUCACCCUCCAGCUGUCCCAGGAUGCCCCUCUCACCCCCGGCAGCCCCGGGGCCUUCUCCAUCGUGGACGUGGCGAGCGACAGGCGCCUGUUUAGCACCUUCCUGAGCGAGUGGAGGACGAAGGGCAGGUACUCCCUCGCUCUGGCCUGCGAGAGGAGGGAACACACACAGCCGCCCAAACACAGAGGAGUCUCGUGUCUUCAGCCCAUCUCAGAGCCAGACGGGUUCUCCGUGAGGGGGGGCGAGGGGCUGCUGCUGACCGGCCUGUCUGUCUGCUGGGGGGGGCGCGACGCCUACUACAUAUCACUGCAACAGAAGCAGAGCACAGAUAUCAGUUCAAGUCUGGCCCCGCCUCCACUGGAUGCUGAUUUGCCGGUGGUUGAGAGGCUGGAGCAGGUAAAGGCCUGCCUAAACCGGUCAUUGGUUAAAGGUGCAGGAGGCGUGGUUAUCACUUACGACAUCAUCGAGGCGUACAAGACCUUGGUGCUUAGCUGUGGCAUCGGUCUAGACGGCAGUUGUGAAGACCCCAAGGUGGCGUGUUGGCUGUUGGACCCUGGCAGUGAGGAGAGGACCCUGGCCAGCGUGGUGACCUGCUUCUGCCCCCAAGAGCUGGAUCUGCUGGAGGGCCUGGGGGAGGGGAGACACGCACACACUCACUCCCCACGCCUGAGGGCCGCCACGGAGAGCGUGUUGGUGCAUGCUGCCAUGGACCAGCUGAACACGCUGCUGGAGAAAGAUGGACUGCUAGACGUGUUCCGCCGUGUGGAGAUGCGUUCGCAGGUGUGUCUGGCUCUGCUGGAGCUGAACGGGGUGGGCUUCAGCGUGGAGGAGUGCAAGAGACAGAAGCACGUGAUGCAGGCCAAGCUCUCUGCCCUGGAGGCCCAGGCCUACAGCCUGGCCGGCCACAGCUUCUCCCUGACCAGCAUCGAUGACAUAGCCCAGAUUAUGUUUCUGGAGCUGCGUCUGCCUCCUAAUGGAGACGUGACUGGUCUGAAGAACAAGAGGACCCUGGGAUACGCCAGGAGAGGAGCGGGGAGGGUGCGCCUGGGCAAGCAGUUCAGCACCACCAAGGACGUUCUGGAGAAGCUCCGCCCCCUGCACCCGUUCCCAGGGGUGAUCCUGGAGUGGAGGAGGAUCACCAACGCUAUGACCAAGGUGGUGUUCCCUCUCCAGAGAGAGAGACAACACCACCCUCUGCUGGCCAUGGACAGGAUACACCCUGUGUCUCAGACACACACCACCACAGGCCGAGUGAGCUUCACUGAGCCCAACAUCCAGAACGUUCCGAAAGACUUUGAGAUCCAGAUGGCCACCGUUGUGGGCGAGAGCCCCCCCUCACAAGAUGGCCGCCAGGCUGCCACCCGGCCAGGCAGGAGAGGGCGCUCCAGGCUGCCAGCCCCUCCUGCAGGCAGUCCAGAGAAGGAUGUCGCCUUCUCCGUCAGCAUGAGACACGCCUUCGUACCCUUCUCAGGAGGGAUGAUCCUAGCUGCAGAUUAUUCCCAGUUGGAGCUGCGGGUGCUAGCUCACCUCUCUAAGGACCGGCGCCUCCUACAGGUGCUGAACGGAGGGGUGGAUGUUUUCCGCUGCAUCGCGGCAGAGUGGAAGAACAUAACCCCAGAUGCUGUGAAGGACGGCCUCAGACAGCAGGCCAAGCAGAUUUGCUAUGGCAUCAUCUACGGGAUGGGAGCCAAGUCUCUGGGGGAGCAGAUGGGCGUGGAUGAGAACGAUGCUGCCUGUUACAUAGAGAGCUUCAAGGCCAGAUACACAGGGAUCCAGUCCUUCCUGAGAGACACGGUGAAGAGCUGUGUAAAAAAGGGCUACGUUCAGACACUGCUGGGACGCAGGAGAUACCUGCCUGGGAUCACAAACGGCAACACUUACGCCAGGGCACAUGCAGAGCGCCAGGCGGUGAACACCACUGUUCAGGGUUCAGCUGCUGACAUUGUUAAACUGGCCACUGUCAACAUCCAGCAGAGACUACAGGAAACCUUCCCUACUGCCCCCCUGUCACAUCAACACCCACACUCAGACAGGGGCCGUAGCAGGACAUGGCCUCGGGUCAGAGGGGCUUACUUCAUCCUGCAGCUGCAUGACGAGCUGAUCUACGAGACCACAGAAGAAGACCUCAUUCGGGUGGCUCAAAUAGUGAAGAGAGAGAUGGAGUCAGCAGUCAAGCUUUAUGUGAAGCUCAGAGCCAAAGUCAAGGUGGGACCCAGCUGGGGUGACCUCCAGGACAUGGAAAUAUGAAGGUGGGUUGAAAGUGGCCUUAGACAUACUGAAGUAGGACUUGACAGCUUUACACAAGUGUUGCUUUCUGUGUUUUUCUACGUAUAUUUCUGUGUGAUAGUCAUUUAUUCUCAACAAUAUACUGAAUGGACUGAAAUGUUUAACAUAUAACAUAUAAGUGUCAAGAUAAGUUUUAAUCUCUGCUGUUUACGAAUGAACUGAAUGUAGUAAUGCAUAUGUAUAUUUUUAAUCCUCUAAAUUGUGAUCCUGUGUAAAAGUUAUUUGUCGGGGUAACGUAUUUGAUCCCAUAAUUACAUAUUAAUAAUAUUGUGUUUGAAACAUACAGUAAAUGUAAUCCAUGAAUCUCUGAAUGUAACCUCCAUACUGUGCUGUAUGUUAGGAUGAUUUGUAAAUAAAACAAAUAUAUA